CUGUCAACCAUGAAAGUCCAUAAAACUCUGAUCUGCUUCUUCUUCCUCAGUGAGUACUCUGCUCCUGUCUUCUGCAACAUUUUCUUUAUUUCUAGUAUAUUUUUUUCAGUUGUUUUAUCUGUUGCAGUGGGAGAUUUUCGCAGUGACUAAUAAAGCCUUUCUAAUGGGCUUUAUUCCAAACACGUUGGUUUCUGUGGUUAAAAAUGAUAUCCUGUGUUCAUGUAGAAAACAGCGGAAAUGGAGGGUUAAAACACCCGAUGACUAUAUUAAACUGAAAUAUGACACAAGUAGCACACCAAAAAUUUCUAGUUGAAUAGAAUUUAUUAAUAUUUAUUAUUUACCAAGGUGAACAUGAAACUGAUGCUGCACAGACAGUUUACAGCUGUGUUUAAACUAACUCUUCCCCCAAGGUGGAUCUUUGAGUAAAAAGUGUAUAAAAUACUUAAUAGGCAACAGAGAUACACAAUAAUAUUGGCAUUAACAGAUUAUAGUUAAAAGUUAUUUAUUGUUUACCUUGUUAAGCAGAUAGAUUGUCCAGACUCCACGUCUGUCGUCAGGCAGAUCCACCUCUGAAACGAUUGGUCAGGUCUGACCAAAAGUAAAUUUUUAAAUUUAUAUUGGCAUCAUUCCACAAUUUAACUCCAACAAUAGAAACACUUCUCCUUUUCAUAGCUUUUUUAGCUUUUUUGUACAGUAAACUAACAAACACCUCUGAGAUUAUACGGACUCUCCUGAAUUGAAAAGAACCUCUGUACUGAGUCAGGGAGUGUUUUUGAUUUUAUUCUGAACAUUAUUUCCAUUAUUUUGUAGUAAAACAAGACAUAAAAAUUCAUGACAUCAAAAUUUAGAAAAAGUGGAUCUGUGUGAGCAUAAUAAUCAGCCUUAUUAAUGAUAUGUACGGCUUGUUUUUGCUGUUUUUAUUAUUGAAUUUAUGGUUCUUUUAAAGGUGGAUCCCCACAAUUCCACACAAGAAGAUAUACAGGGAACAAUUAGUGAGUGAUAGAUUAAAUACAAAGCCUUAUAAUUAAAAAUAUUUCUGGAUUUAUCCAGGGUUGCAACUGACUUUGAAAUGUUCCCUUUAUUUUUUUCAGCAUGUUGUUUCCAUGUUAACUUUUGAUCAACCACAACCCUGAGGAAUUUGAUCUCAAAAAUCAGGAAGAUUUCCUGUCUAUCCUCCAUGAGCAGAGCUUCUUAGCUUGUUUAACAAAGUGGAGAUAGUCGUGCAUUAAUAUCCACAUCCAUGAUUGGAUUGUGCUCUGACUUUUGUCAAGACAGAUGCAAAAUCUACUCAUGUUUAAGCUGUCAAAGGUUUGUCAGUAAAAGCUCCACUCUGCUGUUUGUCUGCAUUCAAAGUCAAAGUGAGAGACUGAAAUUCACAGAGCAGAUGGAUGCAGUGUGGACUGAAGCACUGAUGUACAAUGAGAUGUAAUAUGUUACGCUAACAUGCAGUUAGGACAGUGUUGGCUCCUCUGUUAAGUUGUUCCACUGAUGAGGAGAGUAGAAACGUAAAUCAGCCACCAUAGAGGAUCUGGCUGCAGACCUCUACAACGGGGCGACCUCCACCAUGGGGUGGAAUCUAUGUAUAUUACCCAGGCUGGAACCUGAAUGAUGCAUAUUUUCCACUUGCUGAGGUUACAGCAAGUGGCAAUUUUCCCCAACAGCAGAAUUUUAUGUAUGAAAAUUGAAAAUCUAAUCAGAAGGAUAUAUUUAAAUAUAAACCACCACAAACUAAGGAAAAUGCAACGAGGUUUAGGGUUAGGCACCCAAACCAAAAGAUUAGGUUUAGGACAAGGAAGAGAGGGUAAAACUAAAUAUAACACAAAACAAACUAAAUAAACCUCCAACAACAGUUAGGGUCAGGCACCAGAACCCUAAAGGUGAAGGUUAGGUUCAGGGUUAGGGGGUAGGGGGUAAAUUUAAAUUUAACACACCACAAACUGAGGAAAAUCUAUAGAGGGUUAGGUAACCAAAGCCUAAAGGUUAGGGUUAGGAUUAGUGGGGGGCAGGGGGAGAUAAGAAAUAAGACAACAAACUAAGGAAAAAUCCAACAAGGGUUAGUGCGUCACUUCCUACCCUAUAUUCGAGGUCGCCCCAUCAGAGAGAUUUGCUGUCAGAUGUCUCUCAGAUCAGCUGCUUGAUUCUGAUUCUAGGAACUGUGAGUAAACUCUAAAAUCUCAUGUUUAUCUUACAAAUAGUUCAGGUAAUAAUUAAUCUUUUUUUUUUCUUUCCAACAGCUCUGAGGGAUGGAGGGACUGCUGUAUUGCAUACAGAUAUCGGUGUCCGCACAGAAACUGAAGGGAAAAACAUCACAGUUGCAUGCACCUUUACUGUCUCUGGAAGGAAGAGGAUGUUUUGUAGGAAUGACUGUGAUGAAGAGACUCUUGUUCAAACAGAUGGUCUCAGAGCUUCAAGGGGCAGAUACAGCAUUGAAUAUAAAGAAUCUGUUACAACUAUCUAUGUGAGCAUCACAAAUCUGACAAAGUCUGACUCUGGAAAGUACAAAUGUUAUUUGGAGAGAGGGCUGGCUCCAGAUUCAAGUGAUACGUUUGAGCUCAGAGUCAUUGACACAACAGCCACCUCAAAACCAACAGUGACUCUCCAACCUUCUUCAGCAUCGACCACAACGACCUCCACACAGAGAUCCAGCUCCACCUCAGGAAGUACCACAACUCCUUCACUCUCCUCCAAGACCACAAAGAAGUCUCUGCAGCAGACAUCAGGUUCAGGUCAUCUGCUGUAUUUGGGUCUAGUUCUUCUCAUCCUGGUCAUCAUAUUAUCAGUGGUUCUACUGAUACUCUACAGGAAAAGGACCAGAAAACCCAAAGGACCACCUGUUCAGACUGAGUAUGCUGACAUUCAGGAGGUGAACCGGGUGUAUGAGGAGAUCAGAGAGGACAGACAGAACAGAUCUCCUGUGGGCGUUUCUACAGUUUACACGAGUGCCACGUUUGCAAAACCAAACAAUGGACCCACAGACGACUACAGCCUCAUCGACCUACCAAGUUCACAUGACAAAACUGAAGACGACUCAAGGAACCUUGCCUAUUCUGAAAUCAAUUUCUCCGACAAUCAAGCCGCCUCACUCAACAGCGCCCCCUCUGGUGGAGUAAAUAAUGUCAUUUACUCUGAGCCUCGGGUCGAAGCUCCUCUGUACUCUACUGUCACUUCAUAUUAGCUUUAGCUUUAAUGCUAUUCAGCAGGUUUACUCUCUGUCUGUGAAUGACAGGUGAACACACAGGUUUGAAUAAGUUACAGUUAAACAAAAAUCUGUUUUUGAUAAGCUAUUGUUCUUUUUAUAUACAGCAUAAACAUACAUAGCCUCAUGAGACUUUUUCCGCUCUGUUAAGUUAAACGUCUAAGUAUUUUUAAAGUAUUUUUGGUAAAGUUUUAUAGGAGACGGGCAAAAGAACAAACAGAUCUGUGUAUUUCUUGUAAAUAGAGGUUACAUUUCCUAUUAAAAGACUGUUUGAAACA